AAAACAUGCAGUCCAUGUGACGUUGAUUCGCGCCCUCGACUAUUGAAUUGACUGCACGAGCGACCUUCCUCCUACAGUUUCUCCUCCCGGUAAAAGAAUAAGUGUGGUCAGAUUCGUUUGAGUGGCCUUCGUGGCAUGCGACAGUAAAAGAGGCGCGGGACAGAGAGAGCGACGGAGAGAGAGAGAGAGAGAGAGAGAGAGAGAGAGAGAGAGAGAAAUAACUUUAGAGCUGUCGAAGGGGGAGUUGCACAACACGGAUUAAUGUAACUCUGUUUACACCUUCCUUAUUCCAAAACGUCAGCGUGAAGAGAAAAUACUCAGCAAAAUCAGUUAUCAAAAUUCUCAACUUCAUUGAGCGGAGAACAUCAGCCAUAUGCCUGGGGUGAAGGGCCUGGUACUGUAAGUCCACCAUGGAGGCACAGAACAGCCAUCACCAGCACAACCUAGACAACCAGAACAAGAACCUCUACAAGAUGCCUGGGCAAGAUCAGAGCCACCAGUACUGCUGCACGCUGGCCAACUUCCGCAUUGAGAAGAAGAUUGGCCGGGGCCAGUUCAGCGAGGUCUACAAAGCCACCUACCUUCUGGAGGGCCAGCAUGUGGCUCUGAAGAAAGUCCAGAUAUUUGAAAUGAUGGACGCCAAGGCUCGCCAGGACUGCAUCAAGGAGAUUGACCUGCUGAAGCAUUUGAACCACCCCAACGUUGAUUCCAAGUACCUGGACCUCCUUCAUCGAGGACAACGAGACCACACAUCUUGCUGA